AUGUCAACGAGAAGAACCAUCAGCUUCUCCUCCGCCUCCGCCUUCGACGAAUGGCUCCUCCAAGCCGGCUCCUCCACCCUCUCCGGCAUAUGGCUACGCCUCACCAAGAAAUUCAGCAUCUCCAGAUUCCCAUCAAUCACGUACCACGAAGCCGUCGACAUCGCCCUCUGCCACGGCUGGAUCGACGGCCAGCGCAAGUCGCUCGACGAAACAUUCUUCCUGCAGCGCUUCACGCCUCGUCGACCCCGCAGCCUGUGGUCGCGCCGCAACGUCCAGCGCGUCGAGAUGCUGAUGGCGGAGGGCCGUAUGAAGCCCGCGGGCGUGGCGGCGGUAGAAGCUGCAAAGGAGGAUGGGCGCUGGGAGAGGGCGUACGCGGGGCCGGCGGCAAUGGAGGUUCCUGGAGACUUUGAGGACGCGUUGGCGGGCAAUGAGGCUGCCAGGGCGGCGUUUCAGGGGCUGAGCAAGGCGCAGAGAUAUUCAUUUCUGUGGCGCAUCCAGACGGCUGUCAAGAGCGAGACAAGGAGGCGUAGGAUUAGGGAGUUUGUCGACCUCUUGGCCGAGGGAAAGACGUUGUGA